UGGAUGGCAAGUGGGACAGUGUGUGAUCGGUUGUCAAUGAGCAGGAAUCACAACAUUGAGCGAGGAAUGUGACAGAGCUGGUACUUGACUUGUUGUGAGAGGUGACAUCUGGGGACCGUGACACCUGGAACACAGAGGCACCUGGGUAGCAACAGCAGCGCGGACACCUAGAGACCGCCUCCUGGGCACUCAGGCAUUGAGUGACCACCCCCCCAUAACCACGGCAGUGCCCAGCGAGGUACCCGGAGUGAACCUGUGCGAGCUGCCAUGGCCUGCUCCCCACAACCUGCGGGCCUAAGUUCCAGUGAGGAGUGUGGAGAGCUGGGGGAGCUAAGCCUGGAGGACACAGAGGAGGUGGAGCUGCGGCGGGUGUUUGAGCAGGCGGCAAAGCACGUCCAGAACCUGGUGCAUGUGGCUAGUACAGAGCAGCUGCUUUAUCUGUAUGCCAGGUUCAAGCAGGUAAAAGUGGGAAAAUGUACAACUUCCAAACCUGGAUUCUUUGAUUUUGAGGGCAGAAAAAAAUGGGAAGCUUGGAAAGCCUUGGGAGAUUACAGUGUUCAGCAGGCCAUGCAAGACUACAUUGAUACAGUGAAAAAACUGGAUCCAUCUUGGACCCCAAAGGAUUGUGAAGAGACCAGCAAGCCAUUGAAGACCACGUUUGGCGGACCAGUGGUCAGCUGCCUAUAUCAGGUGCAGGAAAUCAUUAGAGAUGAAGAUAAAAACAUCUUUGAUUACUGCAGAGAAAACGAUAUCACACGAGUGUCCGGCGCCUUGGCUUCUGGGUCCAUUGACGUGAACAUUGCUGAUGAGGAGGGCCGCAGCAUCCUACAUUGGGCCUGUGAUCGGGGCCACACAGAGCUGGUUUCUGUUCUAAUUUGCCAUAAUGCUCACGUAAAUAUGCAGGAUUCAGAAGGACAGACGCCUCUGCAUUACGCCUCUGCCUGUGAGUUCCCAGAUAUAGUUGGCCUUUUGCUGGACCACGGAGCUGACCCUUCCCUCGUUGACAAUGACGGCUUCCAGCCACAUGAGGCCACAGACAGCAAGCAGAUCCGUGAGAUGCUGAAGCAGGACGCCGUGUGUAGGCAACGCAGCAAGCCCCUGAGCUGCCUUCUGGAAAUUCCACAAUAAAUCACCUGAAACACA